UUUUGACCCGGAAGUCAACAAACCAUCACAUGAUGAGGAAGAGUUAGGGGAGUUUCUGUUUACCGUAAAAUACUAAUUAGUGCAGGUGUGACAUGCUGUAGAUGAUCAUGCCUGGACCAGACGAAGAUAUGAUUCGCAGCACGGGAGGUCAGGUCGAUGACCUGACCAUGGCUCUGAUAGAUGCUGCGUACGACCGCGAUGGUGAAUGUCAGGAACAGAUUGGUAAUGCCCUGUUUGACCUCGGCAAGAGAAAGCCAGCCUUGGUCCUCAGCAGCUGCUACGCCUAUCUUAAAAAACAUGCGAAGCUGGUGAAGGAACAUCGAGUGGUGCUGCUACAGUGUAUGGAGAGGAUAAUAAAGGAAAAACUGGAUGAUAUAGACACUGGUCUGGCAGUGGAUGUUGUCAAGCAGGCGGCAUUGGAGCUCACACUGUCAAAGGAGGUAGUGCCCGAUUGGCAGACGGCAGCUAGUGGUGUUUUGGUUGCCAUAGGUACGAAGUACUGUGAUGAAGUGAUGGACGAGAUGUUACAGAGGUUCCAGCCUGGCCAGCUUCCCCACUUUUUUGUUGUACAGACCAUCGGCAACCUUUCCCAGGCCAAUGUUUACCGAAUGGUACCACACUUAACAGCCGUACUGGGAACUAUGUUACCGAUGCUGGGUAUGGCCAAACAUGACAACAUGAGAUGGGUCUUCUCCGCAGCUCUGUCCAAGUUUUGUGAGGCCAUCAUUGAGUAUUGUGCCAAUAUCGACAAGGCUCCUGAUCCGUCCGUUACCAAAGAUCGCUUUUCCCAGGAAGUGGCGUCAGCUUUUGAUGUCCUCUUCAAUUCCUGGUUACAAUCAAAGGAAAUCAAGCUUCGCCUGGCCAUUGUGGAAGCACUAGGUCACAUGACACAUUUAAUGGCUAAGGAAAAGUUAGAUGAACAGUUACCACGGAUACUGCAGGGAAUUCUGGGACUUUACAAACGACAUCCCGAACCUCUCCACAUAACUACAGGUCUGUGUAGUGUGCUGGACGCUGUCUGUACAGAAGAGAACACGGUGUUGGAGCCCCACCUUGAACAGCUGCUGGGCACACUCUUUCCACAGAUUUUCAAUCCCCCGGACUACAACAAUCCAAACAGUAUCAAGAACCACAAUGAAGUUCUCCGCUGUUUUGCUAUUCUAGCUCGUUCCUUCUCUGGGAAACUGACAGGAAUCCUUCUAGCCAAGCUUGACAACAACAACGAAAAGACCAAGAUUGGCAUAUUGACCAUAUUCAAACAUCUGAUCAACGCUGCUACGGAGUCUAUGGCAGAUAAACAGGAAGUCGUUGUGUCGGGUCUAAAGUCCAUGGUCCUGGAACAGAACAAUAAGAUAAAGAAAAUCUUUGCUCAGGUAGUGAUUGCCAUGGCUCACCAUAACUACCUGGAACUUGAAGGUGGACAACAGAUGAUGGAGUUUAUUGUGAAACAGUGCUCCCUCCCUAAUGACCCUCCGGGAAAGAGAUCGCCAGACCCUGAGCAUGUAACAAAUAAACAGCUGAAGUUGAUGUGUGACAAUGUACUACAACUUCUCACAACCACAGUAGAGGACAUGGAACAGGUAUUGUGGCCGUACCUGUUGGAGCUCAUCGUGCCAGAACAGUACACAGAGGCAGCCGGAGUCCUCUGUAAAUGUCUCUCUCACCUGUCCAACAAAAAACGUGACGAAAAUGCAGACGACUACGAAAUUGAUUAUGAAACCCAAGCAAACGUGCCCAAGCCCCCAGUCCUGAUGGCGAGGCUCAUGGUGUUAGCAGGUCGCCCUACCAACGGACGAGACCGAGGUGUCCAAGUGCUAAUGACGAUGAAGGGACUUGUCCCUAACCUUGACGAGAACCUGGUCGACCUUUGGGACACCGUAAUCCCUAAACUCAUACAGUUUCUGGAAGAUGCCACAAGAGAAGACACAUUUUCACAGCAGAAUUGGGAAGAUUUAUUUUUGAAGCUGUUGUCUAAGAGUUUGGAUGUGAUGGAGAAUGAGGAUUGGACAGCAGAGCUGGGAGAAACAUUUGGCAAUCAAAUUAGCAUGUACAACAGUUAUCCCGAGGAAAAGAACUUCCUAUAUAAGAGUCUGGGUGUUGUCAUGAGAAAAUCAAAUAAGAAAGACUUCGUAAAUAAACAUCUGGACCUGAUCUUCAGCACUAUCAAACAUUCCGACCAGAUAGAGAGAGAGGGCUGUGCCAUAGCUAUGGGGUUCUGUGCAGCCUCCCAUUUAGAUGCAGUCCUAACUAAACUGGAAAGUGUUGCUAAAAAUGAGAUGUCUCAAAAAAGUGGUGGACUCUUCAGCUUCAUCAAGUCUCAAGGCGACAGGUCUGAAGCAGACAUAGAGAGAACCAAAGCUACCCUGAUGUUGUGUUACGGUUUCGUGGCCCUGUUUUCACCCCCUGGCCUGAUCGUGUCACGGAUGGAGGCCACCAUUCUCCGUGGCAUACAGCCAUAUUUUGCUAACGUCAAGGACAUGGGCGUCAAACAAAACUUGAUUCGAACCGUGGACCUGAUUGGCAAAGCCCUCCAUCCAGAUCAUCUCAAGUCUCACUAUAACUUCAGUAAUAGAGGGGAGUUCCUUAAUCACUUACAGAGUUACAUGAAGGCUGAAUCUACAGCAUCCAUCACGAACGAGACGAGAGCACUAGCCAUGCGAUCAUGUGCUACCCUGGUUAAACUGGAUCCCAAGCUGUCAGAAGCAGAGAUUUUCGAUUUGAUAAAGACAGCGACGGACAGUCUGUUCGUGUUGCCGAAGGAAGGAAUGUCACCAAAGAAGGGGAAAGACGAAUCGUAUGAUCAGAUGCUGGAGGCUGAGGUGUUACUGCAGUCCACAACAGAGGCCAUGCAUGAUCUCAUCUGUGUUAUACUCAGCAAGGACCUCACGCCAAAUGGCCUUGACUGUGUGUUCAAGCACAUGAUGAAAUGGUUUCACGAGCUGGAGGACCAAAGGCGAAUUCGGUCAUUAGAAACACUCCUCAUGGCAGAGGAGUAUAUACUGGAGAAUAUGGAUCCCUCUUCUGAGGAGAUAAAUGGAUUUGAGAACGAGUGUACCAUAUUAGCACGCUUAGUGCCUCGCUGUACGGAUCCAAACACACAGGUGCGACAGUUAGCUGUGGAUUGUAUACAGGUUGUACUCAAGAUGGCCUCCAGAAUAGAUGGAAACCCAGCCGAUUCCAAAGAUCAGAUGAUUGAAGCUUUGUCAACACUAAAAGAACGGCUGGAAAGCGACCCCACUGUGCUAUUCAGUGUCAUCAACGACCUUGCAAAGGUGAUAGCCAAGAAGUUGCCAGCUGACCAGCUACAGACUUUUCUAGAGGUGCUACAGGAUGGGUUGUUGGACCCCCAAUCACACAGCUCCUCAGGGGCCUGUGUCGUUCUGAAUGGAAUGAUGAAGGCUCGUGGUGGGGAGGUACUGAAACAGGUGGGCAACAUUGUGUCUUCUCUACAUGAGAAGCUUGGCCAGAUCGAAUUUGCUCAGACAAGGACGGGAACGCUGCGCACACUUCGUACCCUCACCAGCUUUCAUCUUACUUCUGUAAUGCAGUCUUUGCUCAAUUUCCCUCUCCCCUACGACCCGAAUGUAGUUGAGAUUUGGCAGAUAUUGUCUCAGGAUGCCCAGAUUACCUCCAGUAUGCUUGACCAUUUACUGGAGACACUACAACGAACUCUACCGUAUGAGGAACGCACCGAUGGAGACCGGACAGUCCGAAAUGCUACAGUAGCACCCAUGGCUGUUACCUGUGCCAUGAAGGUGAUAUUUGAUGUUGAGGAAACAGAAGAACAGGUGAUGAAGAACUAUCACAGAUUAUUUGCUGCCCUAAUGCUACGUGUUGGUUCAUCUAUCGGAGUCAAACCUCUCAAACAGAAAUCUGUCACUGUGAGGUCAGUCACGUCAAAUUUACCUACAUGCGACACUGUGAUAUAUGACGGGAUAAUCCUGUUGUCGGACACAGACUUGAUGUCGAAAACAUUGAGACAAAUAUUGUUAAAGCAGGAUAAAGAAGAAAAACCAAAGGAUAAGAAAAGAGCCGCUGCAUUAGCUGCAUCAACUCCGAAAGUACCGACCUGUAGUCAGUCUGCUGUGGUGGCAUUUAAAGCUUUUCUAGAACGGACAAAGACUAAGGACAUCCUAGAAGGACUUGAGGAAGAGGACUGCUGGGCUAAAUUGGAGGACGAGGAGGAGUACACUGAUGCUUUAACGACACUGACCAGACUGAUUGUAACUAGUACAGUGGCGGGGCCCCACACCUCACAGAUUGUUGCCUGCCUUACCUCCUCACUGUCAAGUCUCUACGAAACACAAAGGAUCACCACUGCAGCCUUCUUCGCAGAGUUGAUCAACCAGAAGUGUGCAGAUGACAGUACUCUUGUGGAGUUGGUUAUGAACAGUAUGCUAGGACGACUCGUCGACUCUUCCCACGUCGUACGCAUGCUGUGUAUCCGUGGGUUAGGCAACGUGUCUGCCAUGGGUCAGGAUCAGGUUCAGCGCUACUCCACCACUGUGCUGUCGGCUAUGAUGGCGGGGAUGGACGAUAAAGAGGACCCGGACGAUGACAUCACAAUUCAGGCAAUGAGUGGAUUAUCCCGCAUACUGCCAGAAAUUGACGAGAGCCACAUCCGUGCCAUUCUCAUCAACGUUGCUCUUCGGAUACGGCCUUGUUUUGAGAAGGAUAAGGAGGGAGUCCGAGCUCAAUCCUAUAUCCUGUUUGGAAACUUAUCUCGGUUCGGGGACGGUCCAUCUAAAGCUCCAUUCUUGGAACAGAUCCACAGCAACCUGGUCAGCCUCCUGUUGCAUCUGAAUGACCCCAAAAAGGAGGUCAUCAAGGCUUGUAAAGGAGCCUUAAGACAGCUUGGCCCACUGAUGGAGUCAGAGGACAUCAACACCAAAUUCCAAAAACACCUACUAGAGGAUGCUAACUUACAUUAUGGCGAGUUUAUGAAUGAUCUAUCAAAAUUAAUAAUCCAAGAUUUCCCAGAUAAAGUAAAUUUCUAUGCAAUGGGGUGCGUGUCAUUCUUCAAAAGUUCAUGGCCGGAGAUUAAAAGUAAUGCAGCAUUAUUUAUAGGAUUUUUACUUGGCAAUUUACCAAAAGACAAACAUGGCCUGAUCUCCAAAGAACACAUAUGUUCAGCCUUGAUAAUGUUAUUGAAAGACUCCACACCAGAAGUCCGAGCCAAAGCGUCUGAAGCCAUAAGUCUGCUCUACGAAUACUAAACGAACGACAAUCUUUUAUUAACAUAAUACUGCAACAAUUGUGCUCUACAGUUAUUGAGUGAUUUACAGAUUGAAUAUUCUCGUUUGAUAAGAAAUGUCAGCUGUUUUACUUCCAAGAUCAUCAGUUCCUGGACAACAGUGGAAUUAACAUUCAUUGUGGGAUAGUUUUUACCUUAUUAAGUUAUACAUGAUAAAGUUAUGUUUAUUAACUGUACAGUACAGUAGUAUUAGCUCCAAGCAAAAUUGUGAAUAACAUGUUUAAUGAUGUUUUUUUGAAGGUUUGCGAGAGACUCUCAGCUUUAUACUGAGAUUACGGUCUUAGAGUAAGAGAAGCUGCCAAACAUCAGAUUUCAUUGUGAAAAUUGAUAAAAAUUUCGUAAAAACUAUGACAGCAACUUUUUGUCUCUACAAGGGGAGGGUGAAUAGGCCUAACAAAUUCAUCAGCAAGGCCGAGAUAUUUUAUGUCACAUUUGAUUCAGAAUGAAUGUUUUUUGUUUGAAAGUGUAUGGAGUGAACACAAUGUAUAUUAAAAGCAUGGAUGCAAAGUCAAUAAGCUAAUUUAUUUUAAUUAUCAUCAUUCAGUAUAUUAUGCAGUCUGUACAUGGUGUAGCAAGAUCAAUUGUGGCCGACACACAUUGGAGUGUAAACAUGACAUUAUUUAUGGCAAUUAUACUGUGCAUCCAGCUAUAUGACAUGUAUGUUAUGGUAUUGCCUUUAUUUCAUUCACCGAUAUAUUACUAGAUUCAAAAUCAGGGUAUGAUCAACUGUCAGCUUACCAUUUCUGGCCUAAUAUAAUAGCAUCAUGGCAGUGUUUUGAGUUUCAAAGUCGAAAUACAGUAUUUCAAUAUGAUGGCAGAAGUAAUUUUACCCGUGUUUGCAAUGUAUGUGCAUGUCUUUUCGAUGUGAAGUUUCCUGAUACUGAUACUCUGGAAGGAUUUCCAUUAAAUAGUUUUAUUCUACUGAUAUUUGAAUUUUGGCUUCCUGAUGCUGAAGACAGAGAAGGGGAGGGGAGCAUUUUCAUUUCCUGAUAAUUGGUGACUGUAGGUUGGAGUCAUCUAUGAUUCUGCCAACUAAUAUUUAUUUACUAAACUUCAGAAACAAUCAAAAUCGAAAUGUGUGCAGUGCAACCAUCUCCCACACAGUUUCAGUUUUGUAUUUUAGAAAGGUUCCCUAUGUAUGACUAUCAGGAAUGCUGGGGGAAAUGUAUUUUUUUCCAAUAUGACAGAAUCACUCAUGAAUGAUAUUUCUCAUACAUUGUAAUCUAAAGCCUUAUAGUGAUAAUAUAACUGUAUAAUGAUUUAUCGUGUUGUCUUUUGUGUCUAUUUGUUCUAAAGUUUAUUUAUGUAGAAACCCAUAUCAUUAUAAAGUUGCACCAUAAUUCUUGAUACCAGUUUGCCGAGACAAAUUUAAGCUCAAGGCUAAAGGUUAAAUCAAUGUUAUAGGUUAAAUCAAGGUCAUGGUCGCUGCUGCAGAAUCCAUUUUUGGCUUGAUGAUGAAAAUGAAUUCUUGACAAAGUUUUCAGAUACAUUAUAAAACUUGUGUCAUAUCUCUCAAUAUCGCUACAUCCCACUGCUUGUUAGCAUGUAAUCAUGCCAGGUUGUCUUCAAUGUUUUAUCGCUUUCCAGUAAAAUCAAGUUUAUAUAUUAGCAAAUUUUAUAUCCAACAAUCUGACCCACUAUGGCAUUAAUUAUCAAUUAUCAAUUUAUUCUUUUUUUUUCAUCUAAAACCAUUUUUUUUCCGAAGGAUUCUUAAAAUAAAAUUUGAGGAAAUGAAUUUUAAAUUAUAUCCUUUUUAAUAUUGAAAGUGAAAAUAGACUGCAUGUAUUUUUUGCAGCAUUAGAAUUUUUUAUGAUUUAGAGAUUUUCAACUGAGUCAGCUACAGAAACUUUCAUGAAAUUUAUCAUCUAAAGAUUUGUCCUUUAAGAUGAUUCAUUGAAUGGAGACUUCAAAGUUUCUGAUCUGAAAACUGAUAGUGGCUGUCAGAUGUUUCGGUACAUAUAAUUAAACAAUAAUGUGAUCAUGUUUAUAUUUUGAAAAUAAGUGAAUGUUGAAGUGUUCGUUCAUUUUGGUUUCAUCACAGUCCUUUUCAUUCCAACAGUUUCACUGCAGUUGUAUAAAUUAUGUGCAAUAACGCAACUCUCCAAAUCAUUUUGCAAUAUCCUCAUUAUCACAGAAAAAUUAAUCUUGUCAGUUAAGAUACAACCCAUUUCCUAGUGACCGACAGCUAGGGCAUAGUUCCCUUUAUCUUAAUCCUCAGAAUGUCAUCAGUCUGCAUGGUAAUCCAGAGGUUCCCAUUUUGAUCACUCUAAUGAAGUUAUUGGGGGGAAAAACUUAGUGAUUACUUAUAAGCAGUAUCAAUAUUCAUAGGAAGCAAUUAAAAGAAUAUUUUGAAAUGUUGUUUUCACUUGCUUGCGAAAUUUUGAAAUCCUUUACUUUUUUUGAAAGGUAAAUUUAUGUAAUAAUUUGGUAUCUUAAUAGCAUAUUAUGAAUUCAAUUGCAUUUUGCUUUGUUCUUUUAUUGGUACAUCUGCAAUCAUGUAACAAAAUUAAAAAUCAAUUAUUUUAGGAGUAUGUCAAAUCUGUGAUAUUAAUCUGUGGCUUGUUUUUGUGGGAAGCUGUUGUUAUGUUUUCAAUAAUUUUGUGUAUGUUAUUGAAUAAAUUAUAAUAUUGCGAGUCAU